CAAAAUUUAAAAUCUGUAGUAAAUCAGCAAAACAAAAAUGGAAUAUUCUUCAGAGAAAGGUAUCACUAGUCAAAGGAAACUACCCACAACAUUUAAUAAAAUUGUGGGAACAGUAUGAUAACGAAAAGGGAUCUGAGAACGACCACCCGCGAAUUUUUGAAGACAAUCAACUUUUUGUCGUCCUAGAACUGAAGUUUGCAGGAAGUGACAUGGCGAAUUUUCAAUUUUUAAAUUCAGAACAAUCAUAUUACGCUUUACUACAGAUUAUUUUAGCGCUUGCUGUUGGUGAAGAAGAGUAUCAAUUUGAGCACAGGGAUCUUCAUUUGGGAAACAUAUUGAUUGAAUACACCAAUAAGAAGCACAUAAUUUUUACAUUUAAAAACACUAAUUUAACUGUGCUUUCAAAAGGAGUAAACAUGACUAUUAUUGACUAUACCCUUUCAAGAAUAACUAUUAAUAGCUGCUGCUAUUUUAAUGACCUCUCAAGUGAUGAGGAACUUUUUCAGGCAACAGGAGAUUAUCAAUACGAUGUCUAUCGAAUGAUGCGGAAUGAAUUAAAAAUAAAAAUACGAUCUCGGGAGGGGACAGGAGAGAACAGUCUCGGGAGAAGGCAGUCUCGAGAAAAGAGGGUUGUGGAAAGACAGCCUAGAGAGAUGGAGACUACCGAUCUCGUGGGCAAAGUAGGAGAUAAAGAUUUCGUGUCCAAAGAGGGUCGACCGAUCGAUCUCGUGUCCAAAGUGGGAGACAGAGAUUUCGUGUUCAAGACAAAUAGAAGAUUUUGAGUCCAAAGCUUUCGACAACGUAGUCAAUGUAAUUAAGUUCAUAGUGCUAGUGUUUCCCACGAUGCUGAAACUAGAAAAGACUUACAAGCUAUCAGUGAACCGGCGUCGUGACCAUCGCGUUGGAAAAAAUCGUAUCCAGCAUUCCACAUUUACAAUAAAUCUAUGA